AGAUGUGAAGCAAACACUUGACAGUGAUUUUAGGUUUUGAUUGCACAAUCACUUUUUUGUGUCAAAACAAAUGUUUCACCUCCACACCAGAAUACACAUCUGGAUUCUUCCUUCCGUCGAUUCUUCAGAUUUUGUUACUUCCAAAAACUGGGAUUUGAAUAUUUUUAACAUUUUAAAAUCUCAGCUUCUGUGUUUGUUAAAAAAUCAGUCUGAGAUUCUACCAAAUUAUUCUCUAAAAAUAACCCAAUAAAUUUCAAUACAGCCCAGAUUUUUCACUACAGAUAACUCUUUUCAUUCAGGAAUUCAUGUUGAGAACUAUCUGCAUUUUCCUGCUUUUUAUUCACUAUGCUAGUUGUACCUCGGUCAAAAGGGAUGUAGAGUCAAAGAAAGAGAAAAGGAAAUCGAAGCGAAAAAAAGAUAAAUCUGUAAAGAAGAAGAAAUCUGUAAAAAGAGGAGAAAGCUGCAGAAAUAGAACAAGCGAAAACUAUCGCAAAAUGCUAUGAGUACGAAAGCAAAUUGGACGUCUGUUUAUCAUCGGGUACGUAGUGAAUUAAAAAAUAAUUUGCUCAAAAUUAAUCAUUAUUGAUCGCAAGAAAAAGUAGCAAACUUGAUCUUCUUGAAAGCGUCCAACAAGAUUAUACUAUUUUCUAAGUAAAAUAUAGCUCCAUUCGAUCUCCACAAGUUGAAUUUCAACUUAUAAUUCCUCAAACUCACAGAUUACAAGCCCAAGUGGAUCAAGUGUGCUGAAAAGUUUCACAAGAUAGCAAACGAAGGCUUAUCAUUAGAAAUAGAGAAGGAAAAAACCCGCAGAAAGCCAGUAAAAGCCAGACAGGUUGGUGACAACACUCGUGUUGGGGUAAUGAGUAAGAAGAAACGGCAAAAGAGACAAGUUCGUGGGAGUACACUGUCAAAGAAGGAGGAAAAAGGGUGCCGACAGAGCGAAAGGAAGAUACACAAAACUUGUGUAAAGUCGAAGUACGAUUGUGCAGCAAUAAAUGAGGCAGUUUUGGAAAGGCGAGAGAAUGUAGCAUGGCUAACUGGCAAUAUACCAGGAGGAAUAACCCCAGCCGACAUGUCUGACGAAUUGACUAUUGAAGCGUUGGAGCAAAUCCUGAUGGAGUUUAAGCGGAGGGCAUACACUCUAGGAAACAUGAAACCUCGGGAUACCAUAUUGGUCGGAGACGUUCUUAACAUAGACGAACAGGCCGUAAGUGGACACAAAUUCGAGGUUACGCUAGAGCUGGGGAUCACAAACAAUCCUAGGUGCAAAAGACUAUCUCGGAAUGGCAUUGUGGGCACCAAAGUCUGCGAUGAUCGUGAAAAUAUCGGCAUAGGAAUCCUAUCGGCAGUCCACUCACCUUGGAAGCAACCACCAUGGCUCUACUUCGAAUACCAAGAUACUGUAGGUACAAGCCCCUCGAAAGAACUCUACUGGGGUGAAGACCAAGACAUAUCCGUGAAUGACGAAUAUACCGAAGAGAGUAACUUUUACGUGGGGCCAACAAGUGAACUCGAUGAUGAAUGGAUAUUAUUUUUGGACGAAUAUAGUACUGCCGACGAUUAUGCUUUUAAUAUUGAUGAAUUCGAUGAUGAAUGGAUAUUUUUUUUACAAGAAUAUGGUGAUGAAUAUGGGUUUGGUGAUUUAUUUGGAACUUCGAAUUAUGAUAAUUUUGAUACAAACGAUGAUGAAUACCAUUUUGAUAAUAAUUCUGAAUGGGGUGAUUUUAUGCUUGGAGUUUCCCCUAGUGAUAAUUUUGAUACAAAUGAUGAUAAAUACAAUAUCGAUAAUAAUUCUGAAUGGGGUGAUUUUAUGCUUGGAGCUUCCCCUAGUGAUAAUGUUGAUAUAAAAGAUGAUGAAUACAAUAUUGAUAAUGAUUCUGAAUGGGAUGAUUUUAUGCUUGGAGCUUCGCCAUUUCGCAAUUUUGGAUGAAUACAUUAAAUACUGGUGCACAAUGCGUUUACGUUCAUUUUAUCUAUUCAUGUACCGUGUAGUAUUUAUUAGUCUUGUAUCUAGAAA